AUGACGGUUGAUCAAUUAAUGGGUUCUCUUCAAGCCCAUGAAGAAAGAUUUUUGAAAAAGCAAGAGGAACCUCUAGAGCAAGCACUCAAAGCCAAAAUUUCCUUUGGAGAUGGUGCAAGGCAGAACUAUGAAAGAGGCCGAGGUCGAGGGAGAGGAAGAAGUCGUGGUCGUGGAAGUUUUGGAGGAAGAGGAAGAGGCAACUACGAAAACCAGUCAAACGAGGAGAGUAACCACCAAUCAACAAGAGGUCGUGGCAUGAGACGAGGAAGAGGAAGAUAUCAAAAUUUCAUAAAUGCAGAAAAGAGGCCCGACAAAUCUCACCUUAGGUGCUACUAUUGUCAAAAACUCGGGCACUAUGCGUGGGAAUGCCGCAAUGAGAAAAAUAAUAUUGAAGAAAAGGCGAAUCUAGUUGGUGAAAAUCAAGAAGACGAAGAGCCAACUUUGUUACUCGCUCUCAAAGAUGGAGACAAUGACAAUAAAAAUUUGUGGUACUUGGAUAACGGAGCAAGCAACCAUAUGUGUGGCGACAAGGAUAAGUUUGUGGAGCUUGAUAAACUGCGUGGGAAUGUUACUUUUGGAGACUCCUCGAAAAUUGAGAUUCACGGAAAAGAUUUCAAUUCCAAUUUAAUUGCCAAAGUUUUUAUGACAAAGAAUCGGAUGUUUUUGCUAAAUCUCGAGACUGUUGAGGCAAAAUGCUUGAAGGCCGAUGUCAAAGAUGAAGCUUGGAAUUGGCACAUGAGAUAUGGCCAUUUGAAUUUUGAUUCACUUAAAGCCUUGAAAGAAAAAGUGAUGGUUCAAAAAUCGGAAGUUUUUGGUGUAUUCAAAAAGUUCAAGGCACUUGUGGAAAAGGAAAGCAGCUACGAAAUCCAAUCCUUAAGAACCGAUAGGGGAGGCGAGUUCACUUCAAACGAAUUCAAUCUCUUUUGUGAAGAAAAUGGAAUUCGUCGUCCACUAACGGUUCCUAGAUCGCCGCAACAAAAUGGUGUUGUUGAGAGGAAAAAUCGGACGAUUCUCAAUAUGGCAAGGAGUAUGUUGAAAGCAAAAAGGAUGCCAAAUGAAUUUUGGGCAGAAGCUGUUGCAUGUGCAGUUUACUUGGCCAAUCGUUCUCCAACAAAAGACGUCGAAAAUCAAACACCUCUCGAAGCAUGGAGUGGAAAGAAGCCUAGUGUUCAUCACUUGCGGGUUUUUGGGAGUAUAGCAUAUGGCCAUGUACCUGCUCAGGAGCGAUCGAAGCUUGACGAUCGAAGUGCCAAGUAUGUUUUCAUUGGGUACGACUUGAAUUCCAAAGGCUAUAAAUUAUACAACCCAGCCAAUGGAAAAAUUGUCGUUAGCCGAGACGUGGAGUUUGACGAAGAAGCAUCUUGGGAUUGGAAAGCACAAGAAGCAGAGACGUAUGAUUUCUUUCCGUAUUUUGGGGAAGAAGAUGAGGAAUUGCCGCUGCAAAAUACAUCACCACCAUCACCAUUGCAGCAACAAUCACCUCUCACUCACUCUCAUUCUUCUUCGGAAGAAAGCUCAAGUGAAAGGCCAAUAAGAAAAUUCAAGAAUCUCACUGAUUUAUAUAAUGAAACGGAAGUUGUUAAUGAUUUGCUAUGUUUCUUUGUAGACCAUGAGCCCUUGACUUUCCAUGAAGCCGUGAAGGAUGAAAAAUGGAGACAAGCCAUGCAAGAAGAAAGUGAAGCUCAGCCUUGUGAAGACGGAAGAUCAAAUUGCAGAUAUUUUUACGAAGCCUCUAAAGUUUGA